CUUUUCAUCUCAUACAAUGAGAAAUGGCGAUAAAGUUCAUAAACAUCGUCUGAAUCAGCGUGAUCACAAAGCCUAUUAGCAAUUCUGAACAAAAAUUUAAUCGGUUGAAGUUUAAAUUCUUGUUAUGUUAAGUGACAGUCCAACAUGGAACUUCAGUUGUGCCUCGUAUCAUCAAAGGUCAGAAUGCGAUAAAUGAUAACACACUUUAGUUAUAUUAUACUCGUGGGGAAUGAAAUUAUGUAUUUAUAAUUUGUAGUUUGACGUUUCAAAUAAUAUCAUGUAGUUCUUUUUGGAAACAGGCCGUUCUAUUUCAUGAAAUGUUCGUAUGUCAUAUUAUCUUGACAUUGAUGCAGUUACUAACAGACAAAAACAACAAAAAAUGAAAAGUAGACGUCGCCAGUGUGGUCAAAUCUGCCUCCUUCUCACGGGCAUCUUCUUCAUCGGCACUGGUGUUACCAUCUUCAUUUUUUUCGAAGCCUUAUAUGAGUUCCUCCUCAAAGAGGUCCUCAAGAUAGCCCCGGACUCCAUAGUGUUCAACAACUGGAGAACUAACGAUCCACCCCUCAUUAUGGACAUAUAUAUUUUUAAUUGGACAAACGCACAUCAAGUGAAAAAUCAUUCGGUCAAGCCGGAAUUUCAAGAAAUCGGACCUUAUAGGUUCAAGGAAGUGAAAGAUAAAGUGAAUAUAACGUGGCAUAAUAAUCACACGAUAAGUUACAUGCAUGAUCACAAAUAUUUUUUUGAUGCGGAACACAGUGUUAGGAACUUAAGUGAUGUGAUAACUACCCUAAACGCUGUACCAUUGACAAUUGCUUACAAAGCUAGACAUCUUGGACUUUUUGCCAAAAUGCCGAUCUCCAUAGCCCUAUCAACAACAUCGUCUAUUUACGUAAAAAAGACCGCUGGGGAACUUUUGUUCGAGGGUUAUCGUGACCCAAUCCUGAGUACCCUCUACAGAUUACCUUUUGUACAAGUUCAGGAUAAGUUUGGAUAUUUUUACGGUAAAAACGGGACCAUUGGAGAAGAUGGUGUUUACUCCAUGUCCUACAGGAAUGAUGAAAAUUUUGGAAAAAUCGUGAGUUGGAAGUACCGGAAUCGAACCGACUUUUUCCAGGGCGAGUGCAACGACAUCAGAGGAUCUGCAGGCGAAUUUUUCCCUUUCGAUCGUCAAAGGGAUAGGCUGGAGUUAUACAAUUCCCAGCUUUGCAAGUAUGCCAUCCUAGAAUAUGUUGAAGAUGUUAGUGUUGAUGGGAUUCAUGCGUAUAAAUACACCGGCGAUAACAUGUUUGAUAAUGGUACCACUCGUCCGGAGAACGCCUGUUACUGCGUGGGCGAAUGUAUUCCCUCGGGAGCAUUCAACGUAUCCAGUUGCCGAGAUGGUUCACCCACUUUCCUUUCACUACCACAUUUCUAUAAUGCUGAUCCCUCGUAUACCCAGAAUAUGAAGGGGAUGAAGCCAGAAAAGAGUAAACAUUCAUUCUUUUUCGAAGUCGAACCGAAAACCGGACUCAUUCUCAAUGUCCAAGCAGGAAUGCAAGUGAAUAUGUUACUUCAGCCGAUACCAAAAAUAAGAAUGUACGACAAUGUGCCAAAAAUGUUUGUGCCACUGUUCUACUUUAGUCAGAAUAUGAAACUGGCAGAAUAUGCCAGAUCUCAAAUAAGAAUGCUUCAAAAUCUGCCAGAAUACAGCAACUACCUCUUCUACGUUCUGCUAAGUCUAGGAUCCAUUUUGAUACUCUGGGCGGUAUGUUCCUGUAUCUGUUGCUCAAGAUCCACAGACAAAUUUGAGCUGAAUGGUAAAAUGAUCAAAAACUCGCUUCACGAAGAGGUACCAUUGAAAGAACAGACAAGCCAAAGAAAGUAUACCUUUCACAAAGUCAAGAAGUGAAUGGUCCAAGCAUACAUGACAUUGAUAUUAGCUUAAGCGUAAUAUUUGUAAAUAAAUUUUUUAUUGUUGUCAUAUUUUUA